AUGAGAAAGUUUUUGGUUCCUAGAACAAGUAUUGAGAAUGUUAAUGUUGUGCAAUCGGAAGCCGAAGUAGAAGAAACACCGCCUAAUAUGGCCAAUGAAUUUAAUCCAAAUGAGAUUGUACGUGAUCCAGGAUGUAGGAAACAAAUUCAUGAGUAUGCUACGGAUAUUCAAGACCAAGUGAGGAGGGCAUAUAUAUUGAAGGGUCCAACGCAACCAGAUUUAGCAAUAUUUCCUCGUACUCAAUUUGGGAAGUCUUCAAGAGCAUUUUGUAAAGCAUGGUAUAAGAAUUAUACAUGGAUUGAAUAUAGUGAGUCGAAGGAUGCAGCUUAUUGUUUUUAUUGCUUUCUCUUUAAGCCGCCCGGGAGGGCCGAACACUUUGGUUAUGAAGUCUUUAACAAAGACGGAUUUAAAGAUUUGAAGCAUGCAUCUAAAGGCUUCAAAGAUCAUAUUGGUAGUCAUAAUAGUAAGCACAACUCAUGUAUGAAGCACUAUGACGAUUAUAAUAAUCAAAGACAAAGUGUGACAAGUAUCUUUGCUAGAGCAACUAGGGAAUUAGAAGAAUUGUAUAAGAUCUGUUUGACUUGUUCUUUAGAUUGUACUAGAUAUCUCAUAGCAAAAGGCAUUGCUUUCCGUGGCCAUGAUGAAAGCUCUACUUCUCUAAACAAGGGCAAUUUUAGAGAGAUGGUGGAAUGGGUAAAAUCUAAUGAUGAAAAAGUGAGAGAUGCUUUUGACCGUGGUCCAAAAAAUUGCACAAUGACUUCUGGUGACAUUCAAAAGGAGCUUGCAAUGUGUUGUGCACAUGAAGUUACCAAGGUCAUUAUGGAAGAGCUUGGUGAAAGACAAUUCUCUGUGCUUAUUGAUGAGUCGCGUGAUAUAUCUGUCAAAGAGCAAAUGGCGGUGAUGUUGAGGUUAGUAGUUGUAUUUUCCAAUUCCUAUUACAUAUUAUUCUCCAUGCCUCCAUAUAACAUUGUUGAAUACAUUUAA